UCGUAUUUAAAACAAUUGAAUGAUCAGCAAUAUCUCAUCUCUAAAUCAUAAGUUAUUCGUUGAAUCGAACAAAAAUAAAAUAAAUUAUUCAUUGAAUGAUUUCGAUUAAUGAUGUUAAAUGGCUUCCUUAAUUCGAACUCUCAAACACCCAAGACCAAGGUCAAGGCACUAUACACUCAUGGAGGAUCAGAUUGAUUCGAACUCUGAUGAGGAGCUCAUCACUCUGGCACCUCCUCCUCGUCAGGCGUCGAGGCGAACCACCAACAUCGGGACAAAGCCCUGGCUCGUGAUUUCAGCGUUCGGGAAGGCGCGGGUCGAGGAGGCCGGGAAGCACCACAUCAGGCGCAGGACGGGGAUUCCGGCGCGUGAUCUGAGGAUUCUUGACCCGGUGCUCUCGUACCCGUCUUCCGUGCUUGGCAGGGAGCGCGCCAUUGUGGUGAACUUGGAAAACAUCAAAGCCAUCAUCACUGCAAGUGAAAUGUUGCUCCUCAAUCCCAGGGAUCCCAGUCUUUCUCCUUUCGUUAGCGAUCUCGAGCACAAGCUUUGCCGUCUUGAUAAUUCUAAUACGCGUUCUAACGGUAAUGAGGGGACUGAAAAGUCAACGGAGGAUUCACCAAUUUUCCUAUCAAAAAAUGGUGGUACUUCCAGGGUCCUACCUUUUGAGUUCAGAGUGCUUGAAAUUUGCCUGAAAUUUGUUUGCAAGUGUCUAGAAUCCGAGGCUAGCACACUAGAGCAAGAAGCAUAUCCCGCUUUGGAUGAAUUAUCAGUAAGUGUCAGCACGCUUAAUCUCCAACGCGUUCGAAUUAUAAAGAGUCGUCUUGUUGCUCUGUCUGCCCGCGUCCAAAAGGUGAGAGAUGAACUUGAACAUUUACUGGAUGAUGAUAUGGAUAUGGCGGAAAUGUACCUUACCGAUAAGCAGAAUAAGCAGCAUGCCGAAGAACCGGAACCAAAAGAUGAUACCGAGGAUGACAGCGAUGAAGACGGAGGGGGCGGUAGAAGUAGCAGUGCAGACUUAAGUGGCCAGAAGCCAAAAGUUGAGGAGUUGGAGAUGUUAUUGGAAGCAUACUUUGCCCAACUGGAAGGAGCCUUGAGCAAACUAUCCACUAUGCGCGAAUACGUCGAUGACACGGAGGACUACAUCAACAUCAUAUUGGAUGAGAAGCAGAACCAGCUGCUGCAAAUUGGAGUUGUAAUAAGCACAGCAAUUAUGCUUCUGAAUAUAGGCAUUGUGAUUGCAGGUAUACUUGGGAUGAACAUCCGCAUACCACUCUUCGAUUACGGUGACCCUAUGCAGUUCGAUAUGACCACUUUCGGGGUUAUCGCCGGCAUUCUUGUAUCAUUCGCCGUGGCCGUCCUAUCCAUCAAGAAAAAAGGGUUGCUUGGAUAAUUGAAUACGAACCAUACAGAGACUUAAGCGUCGUGUUCCAAAUCUUACUGUUACUGUCACCAGCAGCAAGUUUCUCCUCCUCUAUUUUACCACAGAUUGUAAAGAAAACAUGAAACAAAUGCUGCAGUACCUAGUAGUACUAGACUUUGUAAUAAGAAAAAACACUCGGGAAAAAGAAAAAAAAAAAAAAUAGUAGCUGGGGUAGCUAUUGAUUGGAAUAUUUUAAAUUAUCGUUGACUAA